AUGCAGCAGCUGUUGAUGCUGUUAUAUUUGCUGUUGGUUGUAAUUUUGUUGCCGUUCACAAACUACUGUUUCUUCGCUGAAUGGCAAGGAGAUGCAGCAGCUGUAGAUGCUGUUUUAACUUGGCUGCUUAUAAUUUGUUGCUGCUUUGCUGUUGUAUUUUUGUUGCUGGUGACAAAUUACAUUUUCUAUACAGAUGUUCUGGAUUCUCAUGAUCGGUUGAAUAUUAGUAAUGCUGGUGUCAUUGGUACACUACAUGAUUUUCCAUUUUCAUCUCUCUCGUUUCUUGAAUAUGUUGAUCUUAGCGUAAACCAGCUCUCUGGUAACUUAACUGAGCUCAAAACUCUGCAUCUUUAUUCUAACCAACUUUUUGGUCCCAUUCCUAGUGAAUUGGGGAAUCUUAAAAACCUCAAUGAUUUGGAGCUGUCGCGUAAUAAGCUUACUGGUUCAAUUCCAAUUACUUUAGGUGACUUAGUUGAGCUCAAAAUUUUGUACCUUCAUUCUGACCAACUUUCUGGUCUCAUUCCUACUGAGUUGGGGAAUCUGAAAAACCUCAAUGAUGUGGAACUAUGCAAUAAUCAACUUAGUGGUUCAAUUCCAAUUACUUUAGGUGACUUAACUCAGCUCAAAAAUUUGUUCCUUUAUUCUAACCAACUUUCUGGUCUCAUUCCAAGAGAGUUAGGGAAUUUGAAAAACCUCAAUCAUCUGGAGCUACAAGAAAAUCAACUUACUGGUUCAGUUCCAUUUACUCUAGCUGACUUAACUCAUCUCGAAUUUUUGUACCUUUAUUCUAACCUACUUUCUGGUCUCAUUCCUAGUGAGUUGGGGAAUCUGGAAAACCUCAUUUUUCUGGAUUUAUGUAACAGUCAACUUACUAGUUCAAUUCCAAUAACUCUAGGUAACUUAACUGAGCUCAAAAUUAUGUAUCUUUAUUCUAACCAACUUUCUGGUCCCAUUCCUGUAGAAAUAGGGAAGAUGAAAUCUCUUGAGCAAUUAUCCUUGUGGAGUAAUAAUCUUUAUGGUCCAAUUCCAGUAACUCUGGGUGGCUUAACUGAGCUCAAAGUAGUGCAUUUUUUUUCUAAUCAAUUUUCUGGUCCCAUUCCCAGCGAAUUGGGAAAUUUGAAAAACCUCACUAAUUUGGAUUUAUCUGAUAAUCAGCUUACUGGUCCUAUUCCUGCUUCCUUUUGCAACUUGAGAAACUUGCAGUCACUAUAUCUCACUGCCAACAAACUUUCUGGCGGGAAACUUGAGAAGUUCACGGUGGCUAGCAACAAGCUGACAGGGAAAUUACCAAGAAGCUUAAGCAAGUGCUCGAGUUUCAAAAGGCUGCGCUUCAAUAAUAAUAGUUUUACUAGGAAUCUGUCUGAAGCUUUUGGCAUCCAUACAAAGCUUCAGUUCAUUGAUUUGAGUGGCAAUGAUUUUCAUAGUGAACUCAGCAGCAACUGGGGGAAAUGCAAAAAUUUGACUGAUAUGCGUGUAGCCAGAAAUAAUAUUAGUGGUAGCAUACCAACAGAGAUUGGAAAUGUCAAAGGGCUUUUAGGACUUGAUCUUUCAUCGAAUCAUUUGAUUGGGCAGAUUCCAAAGGAAUUUGGAAGAUUAACCUCUCUAGUUAAGCUUUCUGUGCAGAACAACUAUAUCUCUGGAAAUAUACCGAAGGAACUUGGGUCACUGACAAAGUUAGAGUCCCUCGAUCUAUCAUACAACAGAUUGAAUGGAUCAAUCCCAAAGUUAACAACAAGUUUGGCCAGAAUAUUCCAAAGGAUAUUGGAAGUAUUGACUCAGCUAAAUGUACUUGAUUUGAGCUAUAAUCUUCUGGUUGGAGAUAUUCCCCCUCAGUUAGCCAAUUUGAAGGUAUUGGUAAGCUUAAACCUUUCCCACAAUGGCCUAUCUGGGUGCAUUCCUGAAGAACUUGAAGGUUUGACUGGUUUGCAGGAUGUUGUAUCGUCAUACAAUGAGUUGGAAGGGCCAAUCCCUAAUAAUAAAGCUUUAAUCAAUGCCUCAUUGGAGGGUAAUAAAGGUCUUUGCGGUAAUGUAGCAGGACUCCAUCCCUGCGAAAGGCUUUCUUCUAUGGUGAAGAAGCACUCAAUGUCGAAGGGACGUAAACUCAUCCUCAUCAUUGUACUUCCUGUUAUUGGAGCACUUGUUCUACUCAGUGUAUUUGUUGUUGUUUCUUCUAUAUGUGAUAAAAGAAGUAGAGUUAGAGACAUUGAAAGACGGGAUGAUGGUUGGCUUUCGAUAUCCAUGUUAGAUUGGAAGGCAUUGUACAGGGACAUCUUAAAUACUCAUCCCAAAAGCUUCAUCAACGAAGUAAGGGCAUUGACUGGGAUUAAGCACCAGAUCAUUGUGAACCUCUACGGCUAUUGUUCGAAAGCACAACACUCGCUCUGGUUUACGAGUAUGUGGAGAGGGGAAGUUUGUCUAGUGUUUUAAGCAAUGAAGUUGAGUCCAAGAAAUUGGAUUGGCUUAAACGGGUGAAUAUCAUCAAGGGUGUUGCUUUUGCUUUAUCUUACAUGCACCAGGAUUGGUUUUUAUUAUCAAACUAGCAAGCUCCUGUUUGCUUGACAAUCCAAAAUCAAGGCCAACAAUGCAGUCCAUCUUUCGUAGUUUAUCAUCAAUGAAUCCAUGUCUAUCUACUCAUAAGAUAAACCCCCAUGUAAGGUAAGUUGUAUAUACAUAAGGUGUCUUUGUAUAGAAAUGAAUAGCCUUUGUUACUGAAUGGUUGUGAAAUGUUGGAAUGUAUGUGUCCUUUAGUUA